AACACAGAGACACACAGUUUCCCGCUGACUUGUCACUGUGGAUCAUCACUGUGUGAGACGAGUUCGAGUCCCGUAGACUCCUGCUGAAGUUAAUCGAAGCUAACCGAAGCUAACCGAAGCUAACCGAAGCUAACUGAAGCUGCCACACCACUGGUAUUAGCCGUUAGCAUUAGCAUUGGCCGGAGCCUCGCUGGCACAGCACGAAGAAGAGAAGUGAAAGUUGGCACGGAGGUCUUUUCAGGAUGCGGGGCCGGCACAGGGGGUCCCACAUGGGGCUGUUGCUCCUGGCCUCCCAGGUGUUUCAGUUGGGUGUGGACAAAAUCCCACCCGUCACCCUGGGGGUCCUCGCUCUCAACGUGUACCUGUUCCUCUUCCCUGCAGCUCCACUGAUGCAGACCUGUGUGAGUGUGCAGCAGGCGUACUGGUUGAAGGACUGGCGUCGUCUCCUGCUGUCGCCGUUGCACCACGUGGAUGAUUGGCAUCUCUACUUCAACAUGGCGUCGUUCCUCUGGAAAGGAAUCCGGCUGGAGCAGCGGCUGGGCGGAGCCUGGUUCCUCUACCUGCUGUCGGUCUUCUCACUGCUCACGGGAGUCGUCUACUUGGCGUUGGAGGCAGCGCUAACAGAGCUCACCCAGGACCAGUCGUACAGCUUGUCCUGCGCGGUCGGCUUCUCAGGUGUCCUGUUUGCCCUGAAGGUGGUCUGUAACCAUUACCACCCUGGAGGUGUGACCCAUGUGAUGGGUAUCCCCGUGGCAAACCGCUAUGCCAGCUGGGCGGAGCUAGUGAUAAUCCACGUGACAUCACCGGGGACCUCGUUCGUUGGUCACCUGGCUGGGAUCCUGGUGGGUCUGCUCUACACCUCCGGACCACUGAAGCCCGUCAUGAGCAAAUGUGCAGAGCUUGUGUCAGGGAACGGACUCGACUUCAGGUCCAGAGGAUACUACAACUCUUCAGGCUCCUCAGGCCACAGUGGCAGUGAUGGAUCCUCAGGAUAUCGUCAGCAGGCACCAGAUGACCCAUCAACUCGUCCAGGAUCUUAUUCAGGGGGCCUGACGGAGGAGGAGCAGCUGCAGGCGGCGAUCAGGAACAGUCUGAAUGAAGGAGGAGAAAGCCGACCGAGAGGAGCUCCUCCUCCGUAUGGAUUCAACACCGCGGAGCAGGAGGCGGAGGAAAUCCGACGGAGGAGACUGAGGAGGUUUGACAGAUGAAGUUUCAGGCAGCAGACGAGAAGAAGAACGUUUCGGUGACGACACAGAAGAGGAACUCCCUCCUGAAGCUCGGUCCACUUCUCUGCUUCUACAGGCUGAGCAAGAGCAGCACGAACGUGAAGGUGUAACCACACAGGCAGAGACAGUGCACUUUCCACUGUGUGGUCCUCUGUAUUAAAACCGCUGAGUUUAUAUUGACUAUAACGUACAUCUGCUAAUGAGCAGGUUUUGUCUGGGUGUUCUCCACAAAGCUGAAGUUCUGGCUCGAAGCUUUCAAUGUGCGAUUUAAGAGAAAAGUUCAGGAAUAUUUCCCCGCCGGAUUUCCACUGCUGCCCUUAAAGUUGUGUAUCUUACAAGACAAUAUUUUAAAUGUCCUGAAGCUGUUUAAUACAUAAUUUCUGAUUUGAGAAAAUUAUUUCUGUGAAAACGGAUAAGAGCAGUAUUACCCUUUAGACCACAUAAGACUGAGGAUUCACAAAUUCUCAAAUCUAGUAAAUUUGAUCUUGGAGGACAUGGAGGACGCUGAGUUCAUGACCUACUCCAGCCAAACACCAGGGG